AUGCGUGUCAGCCUUCUGUUCCGUCCACUCAGUCCACUGAUCCUUCAGCCUCGACCUCGGAGGCGUAAGAAGGUGAAGAAAGGAAAGGGGAAGCAGCUUGUGAAGCCGGCGGGGACCAGGUUCGGCACCAACUACAUCGCCCUCUCCAGCCUCGUCGAGCUGCGGUCCACGCUGUCGCAGAUGGUGCUGAGCGAGGAGUUCGCCAACUGGUCGGCGGGGGCUAGGAAGAAGACGGCGGAUACGUUCCGCGGCCAAAUCAUGGACGAUGCAUGGUGGAAGAACGCUACCUACCUGGCGGAGCUCUUGGCGAUUCCAUUCAAGGUGAUGCGGGCCACGGACAGCAGCGCCAAAGGGAUGAUGGGGACUAUCUACGACCUAAUGCUCCAGCUGACCGAGGACGUGAACGACAAGCUGGAAGCGGGGGAGAAGAUUCUGCCGCGGGCGGUUGCGACUGACAUUGGGAAGAUUGUAAGGCGUCGUUGGGACGAGAGCCUUGCAUGCGCUCUUCACGUCGUGGGGCGGAUCCUCAACCCGGCAAACCAGGAAGAGGGUAUUUUCCGCAAUGACAUGGAAUGUACGCGCAUCUUCAAGGCCUUCAUCGCACGCCACUACGACGGUAAGACGUUCACCAACAAGGACGGUGAGGAGAGGCGUGCCUCACUUGUUUUGCAGGAGGGGCUCACGGCCUUCCUCACCCUUGAAGGUUCCUUCGGCCUUCCUGAGGCAAUUGCCGACAGGGAGGCCGUGAAGGCAGGCAAGCAGUCGAUGGUGGCGUGGUGGGCUUCGCGGCUACACUGCUGCACGGCUUCGCGGUUACUCUGCUGCUCGGCUGCGCUGCUGCACUGCUGCUCGGCUGCGCUGCUGCACCUGUUCAGCUGCGGGAAAAGGGGAAUGGGGGUAGAAGUGCAGAUGCGGGGCGACGGGCAGCGGCCCGACGAGAAGUUGUGGGGCGACGGGCGGCGGCCCGACGAGAAGUUGCGGGGCGACGGGCGGCGGCCCGACGAGAAGCUGCGGGGCGACGGGCGGCGGCCUGACGAGAAGCUGCGGGGCGACGGGCGGCGGCCCGACGAGGAGUUGCGGGGCGACGGGCGGCGGCCCGACGAGAAGCUGCGGGGCGACGGGCGACGGCCCGACGAGAAGAGGUGA